GGUAAUACCUGUUGUGUCUAGUAAACAAACGAGUUAAGAAGAACAAUAUGGGUUGUUAAAAAAUGUCAAUAAUUCCAAAAAAUAAAAAGAUAUGGUUGAAUAACUGAUACAUUAACUUUCUGAUUACUAUAUUUUAUUGCUUGUAUGAAAAGUGGAGUACUUUGCACUUCGGACUGGAGCAAAUAAGCAGAUGAAAUGAUUUUCAUUUUGGUAAUGGGUACAUCACUAUUCAUGUUCACUUUAGGAAAAUCAUCAAAUUCAGCCGUAUCAGCUAUGAGUUUCCACCGGUACAAUAUUCCGUCUUCUGAUGAUUAUAGCACUAUGCAUUUCUAUGAUAAAGAUUCAAAAAAUGGUUACCGAUAUAACAGAAACAGAAAUAUACAAUAUGCUCCAUUGGUAUUCCAAACAAAACAGGAAGAGAGCCUCACUAAAUUUUACAAGAAAAUAACAAUGCCUGCUUCCACUGUAUUAUUAGAUCUGCCUGAAAUCUCCACAGAGGAAAAUAAUGUACAACCACAAGUUAAUAAACAAUAUAAUGCUGAAUACAAAAAUGAAAAUUGGCAGGCUAUAACACGACCAAAUUUAAGUGGACACAAUAUUAAAUUAUUGCCGAAAACAAAUGAACUUGUGUGUAAAAGUGAACUAAAACCUGGAUUCGGAAAUAUUGAUUAUUCAGAUAGGAGCACUCGUGUUAACAUUAGAAGUAACGUUCAUAAAUCUAACUUAAACGGCAAAUUAUCUAAACUACGAGUACAUCAAGAUAAUAUGACACGCUUUUCAAGAAAAAAUGCAGUAACUGAUUCUUAUAAAUCUCAGAGGAUUUUCGAACGAUUUCAUCAGAAACAUAAACCAAUCAAACAUAUUAUCCAAGUUCUACCGGCGUCAGAAAAUGCUAAAAUCCAACCGAUCUUGAAUCCAUAUUACAUUAUAGGUUCACGCUUACAUCUUAACAUAGCACGUGCCUUAAAAAUUGCUCAUGCUCAGAAUAAGGCGCCACAAAAUGGACACCGAAAGCGAAUUCGUAUAAAUAAACUCAACCAUUUUGUGUCCAAUAUUGAUGAACUCAUUAAAAACAAGAGUUUUUUGACUCCUUCAAAGAAUACUCUCUAGUUAUAGUAACAAAUCAUAAUCAUAUUGUUUAAAUUUUCUUAUUUUGAGUUGAUCAAUAACU